AUCUCUCUGUAGACUGUCUUGUGUUUACACUUUACAGUUGUAUAAUAUUUUCUUAGCAUCCCUUACGAAAUUUCCUCAAAGUUUCCUGAAAGUUACAGCUUACAAAAAAGCGAAAAGGAAUUAGGAAAAAUAAUAUAAAAAUCGCAGAAUACUUAAAUGAUUCGUUCUCUCUUUUUGAGUCUUUACAAGUGAACUACUCGCAUAUGAUAAUAUAGCUCUAACCAAAGCCACAGCUGAUAUCACACACACUGAAGCUUCGUAAUUUUCCAAUGGCUUCUUCUUCUUCUUCAUUGCCCAAAUGGGAGUAUGAUGUUUUCCUCAGUUUCAGAGGUGAGGACACCCGCAAUAACUUCGCAGACCAUCUAUAUGCUGCCUUGGAUCACAAAGGAAUUUGGACUUUUAGAGAUGAAGAAAGACUUGAGAGAGGAACAACCAUUUCCACGGAGCUCUUGAAUGCUAUAGAAAAGUCGAAGUUCGCAAUCAUUGUUCUAUCAAGAAACUAUGCGUCUUCGUCUUGGUGUUUGGAUGAACUUGUAAAGAUUGUUGAGUGCAAGGAAAAGACUAGGCUAACAGUUUUGCCUGUCUUUCAUGGUGUGGAUCCCUCUGAUGUACGACAUCAAAGGGGCAGUUUUGCGGAGGCCUUUGCUAAACAUGAACUUAUCAAGAACGAAGAGAAGUUGCAAUCGUGGAGAGCUGCUUUGACACAAGUUGCCAAUCUCUCUGGAUGGGAUACACGGAAUAAGAAGGAGUCAACAAUUAUCGAAGAGAUUGCCAGAAAAUUAAUUGGUGAAUUGCAUUAUUCAUACUCAGGUGUUCAUGAGGAUCUUGUUGGAAUACAAUCUCGUGUGGAGGAAAUGGAGAAUUUAUAUUUAAGCAUGGGUUUGAAUGAUGUUCACUUUAUAGGGAUUUGGGGAAUGGGUGGAAUCGGUAAAACAACUAUUGCACAAGUCCUAUAUGAUAGAAUCCAUUAUCAUUUUGCCGGCAGUAGUUUUCUUGCAAAUGUUAGAGAAAAAAGUGGAAAUGGUGGUCUAGUUACUUUACAAAAACAACUUCUUUCUGAUGUCUUGUGUGAAAAAAAUAUUGAUAUUUGGGACGUUCAGUGGGGAAUCGAUUUGAUAAGGAAUAGAUUCUGUCAUAAAAGGGUUCUUGUCAUUCUUGAUGAUGUGGAUCAACCUGAACAAUUAGAAGCAUUAGCAGGCAAGCAAAGUUGGUUUGGUCGAGGGAGUGUGAUCAUUAUAAUAACUAGAGAUCAACAUCUAUUAAUUAGACAUGAAGUGGCUGAAGAAAAAAUAUACAAGGCUAAGAUUUUGAAUUAUGAUGAAGCUCUUAAGCUUUUUAGUCUAAAAGCCUUCAAGCAGGACAAUCCUUUAAAAGGUUACGAGGUGCUAUCUAAAGAAUUUGUAUAUUAUGCUCAAGGCCUUCCUUUAGCACUCAAAGUUUUAGGCUCCUUCAUGUUUCACAGAAAUCUAGAUGCAUGGGAAUCUGCCCUAGGUCGACUAAAAGAAACUCCUGAAAGUAAAAUCCUAGAUGUGCUCCAAAUAAGUUUUGAUGGCCUAAAGAUAACAGAGCAAAAAAUAUUUUUAGAUAUUGCUUGUUUCUUCAAAGGAAUGACUAAAGAUCAUGUAGCAAACAUACUACGAACUCCCCAUUAUAGGCCAAACAUUGAUAUAGAUAUUCUUGUGGAAAAAUCUCUUAUAACCAUCUCAAAUGGAACAUUAUGGAUGCAUGAUCUACUACAAGAAUUGGGUAAGGAAAUUGUUCGUUGUGAAUCUCCUGACGAGCCUGGUGGACGCAGUAGGUUGUGGUUAAAGGAGGAUAUCCUUCAUGUACUAAUAGAUAGUGCAGGAAUAGAAAAGGUUGAAGGCAUCUUCCUCAACUCAUCUCCAAAUAAAGAGGAUAAUGCUAAAGUCAAUUGUGAAGCCUUCUCAAAGAUGAGAAACCUAAGAUUGCUUAAUAUUGAUAAUGUGCACCUUCCUCAAGGCCUCAGUUUUCUUUCAAGUGAGUUACGUCUUAUGAAUUGGCUUGGAUAUCCUUUAAAAUUCAUGCCAAGAAAUUUCCAUCCCAACAAACUUGUUGAACUCAUAAUGCCUCAUAGCCACAUCAAACAACUAUGGGAGGGAGUUUGGAGUUUAGAGUGGCUAAGAACCAUUGACCUCAGUGAUUCAAGAGAGUUGAUCAUGACCCUGGAUUUUGCUAGAGUCCCAAAUCUUGAGAAGCUGAUUCUCAAAGGUUGCACAAAAUUAUCUAAGAUUCACGCAUCCCUUGGAGAUCUCAAACAUCUUAUUUUAUUGGAUUUGAAUGGCUGCACAUGUCUUAAAAGCCUUCCAUGCAAGAUUAACUUGGAAUCUCUUGAAAUUUUUAUUCUUUCAAGUUGUUCAAAGUUGAAGAAGUUUCCGGAAAUUGUGGGGAAUAUGCCACAUUUGCGAGAACUUUAUUUGGAUGGGACUGCUAUAGAAGAUCUACCAUUAUCAAUGGAGCAGGUAACUGGGCUUAUCAAAUUGGAUCUAACAAAUUGCAAAAACCUUUCAAGUCUUCCUGGAACUAUUUGUAGUUUGACAUCAUUAAAAACUCUCACUCUAUCUGGUUGCUUAAAACUUGACAAUAUGCCAAUUAAUUUGGGGAAUCUAGAAGGCUUAGAGGAACUAGAUGUGAGUGGAACUGCUAUAAGAGAGCCACCUUCCUCCAUCUUUUGCUUAAAAAAUCUCAAAAUACUGUCUUUCCAAGGAUGUAAUGGGCUGUCAUCUAAAUCAUGGUCAUGGAAGAAGCUACUUAAUUUUUUGUUAAUGACAAAAACUCCAGAUCUCAUGGGCUUGGUAUUGCCUUCUGUAUCAGGUUCGUGUUCAUUAACUAGAUUGAAUAUAAGGAACUGCAAUCUUCAAGCAAUCCCUAGUGAUAUUGGCUGUUUGUCCUCAUUACAAGAAUUAGAUCUAAGUGGAAAUAAUUUUGUGUUCAUUCCUCAAAGCAUUAAUCAACUAUCUAAGUUGACAAAAUUUUGGGUGGAGAAUUGCAAGAGUCUUCAAUUGUUGUCGGAGCUUGGAUUGAGUCCUUACAUAUAUGUUUUUGCAAAUGGAUGUACCUCAUUGGAAUCUUUACUACCAGUUAAAAAGAAAGAUAAUUCACAUCAUUUUUUCUAUCUUCUCAAUUGUUUCCAAUUGGUUUACAAUCAAGGCCGCGGUGACUUGUUCACUACAAUGCUAAGAGAAUAUUUUCAGGAAUUGUGCUAUCGAGAAUCAACUAAAAAAGAAAGAUUUGAUGUUAUUGUUCCUGGAAGUGAAGUUCCAAACUGGUUUAGGCAUCAAAGUGUGGGGGUUUCAAUAAAUCUGGAAGUGCCUUCAUAUUUAUUUAAACAAUUUAGAGGAAUUGCUCUCUGUGCUGUUUUUCGACCCCACCAGCGUCGUCCACCUAACCAUCAUAGUUAUGACCCUGACCUUACGUGUUACUUUAAAGCCAAUGGAAAAGGCGUUGGAGGUCGUCCACGCGCAAUAUUUUCAGAAGAGUUUGAUACGGUUGAAUCGGAUCAUCGUUGGUUCAUGUAUUUGCUCCCUAAUUUUUUUAUCAAUUUAAACUCAAAAGAAUUUCUUCAAAUUGCUGAUGGAUCCAGCUGUCAACUUAAGAUUGAAUUCAAAUCCUGGGAUCCGAGAAUAGAGAUAAAGAAAUGUGGGGCCCAUAUGGUAUACGAGGAAGAAAUGGAAGAUCUGAAACAAAGCAUGGGUGAGAGUGAGUGCAGCAGCAGCAUCAUUCCUUAUAAUGAGGGUGUAGAUGUCAAUCAUUUUGAAGAGGAUAUCAAAAUUAAGCGAAGUCGUGAUGAUGAGAAUGGAGGAGCUGGUGGAGAAGGUAGCUCUACUCACAUACCACACCCUAAGACUAAGAGAGUACGACUCUCUGACGGUGAGUGAGGACUCUCAGUGACACUCAGAAAUCAAAUGGUGGCUUUCAGGAAUCUGGACCCUCUUUUAUUUGAACUCUUUAACUCUCAGUGACAGUCAAAAAUCAAAUCGUGGCUUUCAGGAAUCUGGACCCUCUUUAUUUGAACUCUUUCAGUCUACCGGACUGUCUCCUCUGCCACAUUAUCCAAGCAUUUUGUCAAGAAGGUGGGGGCCUCUCUAGUCUCUCAUCCCAUCUGAGUCAUCCAAUGUCCUGUUGUUGUCAUUGUCAACUUGAAUCAGGGCUCUGCUGUCAACACCAUGGAUUUUCAUCCAUUGCAACAAACCUUGAAAACUAUGCAUCACAACUUGUGGAGAGGACAAGGCUGUUAAGGUUUACUUGGCAUGUUCUUUGGGUAUAAGAACAACUUUGGACUGCAUUUGUGAAAGUUCAUUUCUGUGCUGGUGUGGAAUGUUGUCGUUGGUAAUCAGCUGUACACUUUUGAAGGGCAUAAACCGCCAGUUUACUUCUUGUUUUAUUUGCACUUUUGCUAGUUGACUAUUUUUCUUUAACUUUUCAUGAGAGACAUCCAAGGCUUGUUUCUCAUGCUUCAGCCAGAGUUUUAGGCUCAGGCCAUUAUUAACGGUUAAGCAGCUUCACCUAAAUAUUAUGGUGCACUAUUUUACACUAAGGCUAUGCUUACAGAGGGGGGUAGGGGGCUCAUGAAUUAAGAGGCAAUAGAUUUCUUCAUUGCUUUUGUUUUGUCACAUAAAGCUUUCUUCUUUCCAUCUGAAGUAUUUUUUUUCUUUUUCUUUUUUGCUUUCAUUAAUAACCCAUACGGUUAAUAUAUAUUGCAAUUUUCAUGGUACUAACAAUGGCACCAUUCGAUUCUUCUCUCUUCCUGAAAAAUCUGAAUUAUUUAAAAAAAAAAAAAAAAUGGAAAUGUCAAGCUUAAUUGUCACACCUUAAGGAUAGGUUUGCCAUUUGGUCCCCCUUCUUCUGCUGAGUGGAUUUGGUUUAUGAUUAUUGAGAGUGACAGUGGCAGUGAAGCGGGAUUCAUGGUCUGGGCUGUCAAAUGGGAAAUAAAAAGUUUUGCUACUAAUCCAACAGUUUAUUUCCUUCAAAUUUUCACAAUGAUUGGGCAAUUGCUCAUGUUUCUUUUAUUGUGUGUAUCAAAGGCUAUUCAUAUGUGAGACUAGUAAAGAAGGACAAUCAUACCUUGUGGAAUUGGAUGAACGUCAGGCGGUUAUCAAGUGUGUAUAUCAUGGUCUUUAGAAGCGGUAUGUGGGGGUUAUGCCAUUUGAUACAACGAAGAAUUGGUUCCUGGCUCCCGGUGGUGCCUUCAAAGUAAAAUUUUGGGACAUGGACGAUGGUUAUCUCUUGACAACUACCGCUGCACAGGGUGGAUUACCAGUAAUGCCCAUGGAAGCCCUUUUCUUGACGUGCUUGGUAGUAUUUUGAAGAAGCUCUUAUAAUUAAUCAAUCUUUACCAUGAAUAUCUUUUAGGAUGAUCCUGGCAUUCGAUUUAACAAGGAAGGGAUAAUGCUUGUUGUAUCAACAAGUGAGAAUGGAAUCAAAAUACUUGCAAAUGCUGAUGGUGUACAGCUUCUGCAUUCAAUUGAAAAUCAAGCUGUUGAUACCUCCAGAGUGGCUCCUGCAGCUAUUGCAAAGGGACCAAUAAUCAGCACCUUAAUUUGGUGAUUCCUAUUCAACUGUUGGAACAAUCACUUGAUAUUAGUCGAAGUCCACACAAACACUGAAGUUUUUGAUUUUCCGAUGAAUAUUCUUAUCAAAAUUUUCAGAAGAAUGUUUCAGGAGCUAAAAUUUUUUAUUGACGUGUAUGCAUAUGUUCUGUUGACAUGUCUGAAUCUGGAGGAAAAGAUGCCUUCCGUGGAAGUUCUUGCUUAGGCCUAAAGCAUGUCUGUUAUGUACAUGUCUUAGGCCUAAAUUUUUUAUUUGUUUUUUUGGUAGUCUUGAGAUAUUGUUAACAAUGACAUCUAUAUUACAGAUUUCUCAAUCAAUUUUGAGUCUCUUUAAUGUAUCA